UGAGGGUUGUAGUUGUGAUUAGUCUUCUCUCUUCUGUCCUGCAGUUACCAGGACUACGAGGAGGGAAUAGCUUUCCGUUGAACGAUGCAAGACACUGACCCCUGCAGUGGGACCCAACGUGGUUCCUGUGUCUGCCUUACCAGAGCGUGACCAAUGAGGGCUGGGACCUAGUCUGGUUCUUGUGUCUGCCUACCAGACUGUGACCAAUGAAAGCAGGAACCAGACCUGUUUCCUGUGUCUUCCCCAGCAGAGCGUGACCCCUGAAGGCUGGGACCUGGUCUGGUUCCUGUGUCUACCACAUGAGCCAUAUGGCUCCCAGAAGGCUGGAACAAGCUUUCAGUCUUUCUGCGGCCUUGUAGUCAUAUUUUUAAAACAGCAUAUAAUUAGAUUAUUUUUAAUCCAGUCUUACAGUCUGUCUAUUACCUGAUAAAUUUAGUCUAUUUACAUUUCUUGUGAUAGUAAACUAUUUGGGUUUGAUUUUAUGAUCUCAUUCUGUGUUUUCUAUUUGUUCAGGUUUUCUCUUUCUUUUUUCUGCCUUCUACUUAUCCACACACAGCCAUUAGCUUAGAAAGACAUGACCACCAAUGCCAGCCCGUUGCACCCAUACUGGCCUCGGCACCUGAGGCUGGACAACUUUGUGCCUAAUGACUGCCCUACCUGGCAUCUCCUGGCUGGCCUCUUCUCCGUCUCGGGAGUCUUAGUUGUCACCACAUGGCUGUUGUCAGGUCGUGCUGCAGUCGUCCCACUGGGGACUUGGCGGCGACUGUCCCUGUGCUGGUUUGCAGUCUGUGGGUUCAUUCACCUGGUGAUUGAGGGCUGGUUCAGCCUCUACCAUGAGGACCUUCUUGGAGACCAAGCCUUCUUGUCCCAACUCUGGAAAGAGUAUGCCAAGGGAGACAGCCGAUAUAUCCUGAGUGAUAACUUCACGAUAUGCAUGGAGACCAUCACAGCUUGCCUGUGGGGACCACUCAGCCUAUGGGUGGUGAUUGCCUUUCUCCGCCAGCAGCCCCUCCGCUUUGUCCUACAGCUCGUGGUCUCUGUGGGUCAGAUCUAUGGAGAUGUGCUCUAUUUCCUGACAGAGCACCGCGACGGAUUCCAGCAUGGAGAGCUGGGCCACCCGCUCUAUUUCUGGUUUUACUUUGUCUUCAUGAACGCCCUGUGGCUGGUGCUGCCUGGAAUCCUCGUGCUUGACUCUGUGAAGCAGCUCUCUCUUGCCCAGAGCACACUAGACGCCAAAGCCACAAAAGCCAAAAGCAAGCAGAACUAAUGAGUGAUGGACUGGGCUUGAACACUGGCUGAUGAACAACUCUCUACCUGCCAGAAGAGUCCAGUCCAUGCUCCCACAGGUUGGAGGGACAAAGUGAAUUGAUCUGUCAAGCUCAGGCUGAUUGGGUGGGCACCAAAAGGGCCAGAGACGAGAAAGAAAGGAGCUGUACGGAGCUACUGCCAGGAGCCGUUGGAACAAAGGUACAAGAGAACACAGGAGGUCUGCGAUGGUGGCGAUUUUUUAAAUCAGGAAAUAAAAGAUCUUGACCCU